AUGGGCAAUACCACCAGCAUUGCCGCUGGACGUGACUGUCUAGUGUCCGCCGUCGGCCCCGCUCAUGUCACAUUCCAAGAUGCGCUUCUUUACCAGACUACCGCAGUCGACCCGUACAACUUGAAUAUCCCCGUCACCCCGGCGGCAGUCACGUACCCUCAGUCAGCGGAGGAAAUCGCUGCUGUAGUUAAAUGCGCCUCUGACUAUGACUACAAGGUGCAGGCGCGCAGUGGAGGACAUAGCUUUGGCAACUACGGCCUCGGAGGACAAAAUGGUGCCAUCGUGGUCGAUAUGAAGCACUUCUCGCAAUUCUCCAUGGACGAGUCGACCUUCCUUUAUAAUGCAGGCGGCAGAGCAAUGGCACACGGUAUUUGCCCGACUAUCCGGACAGGCGGCCACCUGACGGUGGGCGGAUUGGGCCCGACGGCGCGCCAGUGGGGUCUAGCGCUUGACCAUAUUGAGGAAGUCGAGGUGGUGUUGGCGAACUCGAGUAUUGUGCGGGCGUCGAAUACACAGAACCAGGAUAUUCUAUUCGCCGUCAAAGGUGCUGCUGCCAGCUUUGGAAUCGUCACGGAGUUCAAGGUGCGCACGCAGGAGGCGCCUGGCCUAGCCGUUCAAUAUUCAUUCACGUUCAAUCUGGGGACUCCUGCGCAGAAGGCGAAGCUUGUCAAGGACUGGCAGGCAUUUAUAGCGCAGGAGAACCUCUCCUGGAAGUUUUACUCGAACUUGGUCAUCUUCAACGGCCAGAUCAUUCUCGAGGGCAUUUUCUUCGGGUCAAAAGAGGAGUACGAUGAGCUCGACCUGGAGAAGAGAUUCCCCACCAGCGAGCCGGGUACUGUGCUAGUCCUGACGGAUUGGCUGGGGAUGAUCGGUCAUGGAUUGGAAGAUACGAUUCUUAAGGUGGUCGGAGACACCCCGACCUGGUUCUACGCCAAGUCCCUCGGAUUCACCCCCGACACGCUGAUUCCUGAUUCAGCUAUCGACGACUUCUUCAAUUACAUCCACAAAACUAACGCCGGCACUUUGGCCUGGUUUGUCACACUCAGCUUGGAGGGUGGUGCUAUCAACUCCGUGUCUGAAGAUGCCACAGCAUAUGGCCACCGCGAUGUGCUUUUCUGGUUCCAAGUGUUCGUAGUCAACCCACUUGGUCCGAUCUCGCAGACUACGUAUGAUUUCACCAAUGGCCUUUACGAUGUUUUGGCUCAGGCAGUGCCAGAGAGUGCGGGACACGCAUAUCUCGGAUGUCCAGAUCCUAAAAUGCCCGAUGCCCAGCGUGCGUACUGGCGUAGCAACCUUCCAAGGUUGGAAGAGCUCAAGGGAGACUUAGAUCCAAAGGACACCUUCCACAAUCCGCAGGGUGUUCAGGUUGGUCCCUAA